AUGGAUGAGGUUCUGGAUGUGGAGGUGGGUCCAACCCUGGGCUCUGGACCCCAGAUGCCAAACUUCUUGGAGCCCCCGGACCACCCCACGGAAGCCAGGCCUGGGGGCUGCAGCCCCGCCGUCCAUCCAGGCCAGGCCCCGCCCACCCCUCCUGGGAAUCGGGAGGGCGGUCCUCCCGUGCCCUCAGGCCCUGCCUGCCCCCGGACCUGGGCCUCACUGCCCACGGCACCGUCCGUGGGCUCCACGGCGUCCAGCCCUGCGUGCCACCCUGCCUCCGCCUCGCCCCCCUUCUCCACCACGGCCGCCCGGCGCAAGGCCGCAGGCGCCCCAGCCGGAGCACCCUCUGCUCUGGCGGCGGCUGCUCAUGUUGGCCCGGCCGGCAGACCACCCGCCGGGCAGUUUCAGCAGAGGGCCUGGGGCACCGGGGACCCCCCGGUCCUUCUCGUCCACCGCCCGGGGGCCUCUGGGGCGCCGCAGCGACUAGAGCACAGGGGACGAAGAGUCAUCACUGAGCCCCUGGAGGAGGAACCGGAGCCCAGCCCCCAGCCCCAGGACCCCGAACCUGAGCCGGAGCAGCCCCCGGCCCCCGAGGCCCCCGAGGGCCCCGAGGCCCCCCCCCGAGGGCCCCCGUCUCAGGCGGAGGCUCGCCAAGAGGAAGAAGGUCCCACGGGCUCGGGAUCCCAGCCCCGUGACCCGCUGCUGCAGCCUGUGGCCGAGGCGCCGCAGCACCCCACACACCCAGAACUGAAGCCCCAGCCCCAGCCCCAGCCCCAGCGCCACGGAGAACUGCGUUCGCCGCCGUUUCGGCACUGUGCACGACCCCGGCGGCGCUCGGGGAGCGCGGGGGCGGCGGGGGUGGCCGCCGGGGGUGCUCCCCGGCCCCCAAGCCGAGCCGGGGACGAGCCUGCCCGCGGCGGCGUCCCGGUCGCGGCUUCGCCUAGGCUCGCAGCGCGGGAGCACGUGGGGCGCGGCGGCGGGGAGCCCGCGGGCGUCCUCGGAGGCGGCCGCGCGGGGAGCGGGGGGCCGCGGGGGCGCGCGGGAACUGCCCCUCUGUCGCUGUCUCGAGGCUCUCGGGCUUCUCCUUGCACCCCAACGCCCGCUGGGCCUCCUCCGCCAUGGAAACGUCUUGGUGGCGAGAAGGCGAAAGAAAGCGUGACAAUAUUGCCCCGGGUGCGCGCCCCCGGAGUCCCGCGCUCCCUGCGGGCGUCUCCCGCGCCGCCGCGUUCCUCGCGUCCGGGCGCGUGA